AAGGAGGUUUAACAGCUCAGUAGAUUGUAUGUUGUUGUGACUUAUUAUAAAUACAUUUUAUAUAUUUUGUUUCUAUAGAAUCUUUCCAGUAAUGAUGUCCCUCAAAAUGGCUUCUCCACUUCAUCUGGUCUUUCUGUUCAUGAUCUCAGGAGCUCUUGGGAAUGAAUGGAAAGUGACAUACAUCAAAACAAAACUCUGUGCUUUAAAAGGAUCUACAGUGUUUAUGAACGUCACGUACACACACCCAACACGUCUUACAGUGAAGAACAGGUUUUGGUUAAUAAAUGCAGUUCAGGGUAAAGAACCGACUGAUCUGCGUAAUGAUUCAGGUUACUCAGGCAGAGUGGAGUAUUCAGGAGAUGAACAGAAACACUUCUCCCUCAGACUGAGUGACGUGAAGAAAACAGAUGAACAGAAGUACUGGUUCAGAAUCAUAACAAAUGAAGAAAAAGAAAGAUACCAGGGUGAACCUGGAGUUACACUCAAUGUUACAGAUCUUCAGGUGAUCGCUCCUGCAGAAGUGACAGAGGGACAAUCAGUCGUUCUGAUCUGUAACACCACCUGCAGUCUGACUGACCCAACAUUCAUCUGGUACAAAAACAGACGUGAUUUAACCACAAACACCCCCAAGAGCAAUGAACUCCACCUGCAGCCGGUGAGCAGUGAGGAUGCAGGCAGUUAUAGCUGUGCUGUAAGAGGAUAUGAACAUCUCCCCUCUCCUGCUCAAACCCUCAGAGUCAGAUAUCCUCCAAAGAACGUCUCAGUGUCCAUCAGCUCCUCUGGUGAAAUAGUGGAGGGCAGUUCAGUGACUCUGACCUGCAGCAGUGAUGCUAACCCACCUGUGGAGAACUACACCUGGUUUAAGGGGACGACAUCAGUAGGAAAAGAAAAGACCUACACCAUCUCCAAGAUCAGAUCUGAGGACAGUGGAGAGUACAAGUGCAAGUGCAGUAAUGAAGUCGGACAUCAGGACUCCAUCAGUGUAACUCUGAAUGUUCUGUAUCCUCCAAAGAACGUCUCAGUGUCCAUCAGCUCCUCUGGUGAAAUAGUGGAGGGCAGUUCAGUGACUCUGACUUGCAGCAGUGAUGCUAACCCACCUGUGGAGAACUACACCUGGUUUAAGGGGACGACAUCAGUAGGAAAAGAAAAGACCUACACCAUCUCCAAGAUCAGAUCUGAGGACAGUGGAGAGUACAAGUGCAACUGCAGUAAUGAAGUCGGACAUCAGGACUCCAUCAGUGUAACUCUGAAUGUUCUGUAUCCUCCAAAGAACGUCUCAGUGUCCAUCAGCUCCUCUGGUGAAAUAGUGGAGGGCAGUUCAGUGACUCUGACCUGCAGCAGUGAUGCUAACCCACCUGUGGAGAACUACACCUGGUUUAAGGGGACGACAUCAGUAGGAAAAGAAAAGACCUACACCAUCUCCAAGAUCAGAUCUGAGGACAGUGGAGAGUACAAGUGCAACUGCAGUAAUGAAGUCGGACAUCAGGACUCCAUCAGUGUAACUCUGAAUGUUCUGUAUCCUCCAAAGAACGUCUCAGUGUCCAUCAGCUCCUCUGGUGAAAUAGUGGAGGGCAGUUCAGUGACUCUGACCUGCAGCAGUGAUGCUAACCCACCUGUGGAGAACUACACCUGGUUUAGGGUGAAUGAAUCGUCACCUGUAGGAUCUGGACAGACUUACGGAGCACUACAGAGUGGACAGUACUACUGCAAGGCUCAGAAUAAACAAAGCUCUGAGAGAUCAGCUGCAGUGUCCGUCACUUUAAACAGGGUUCAGAGCUUAGGUGUGUACGCAGGUGUUGGGGCUGUUGUCUUUGUGUGUGUUUGUCUCAUCAUCACCUUCCUGUUUAUCAGGAAAAAGAAUAGAAUUGAUUCAACAGUAGACCAAAGUUUUAAACAGGAUGAUCUUUACGCCAACGUAGCAGUGACAAAUCCAAUCGCUACGGCAUCCGAUUCAGCCUCAGCCAAUCCGGAUGAAGUUCUCUAUGCCAGCGUUGUACGUCGGAGUGCCAUUGACCCUGGGAAUGCUGAGAGUUCUGCUGUAAAAGCUUCUGCCUCUGAGGACGAGGAGGUUCAGUAUUCUAGUGUCAGAUUUACUCGCAGAGGUGCUGACUACAGGCCUGCCAAUGAUGAGGAUCCAACUGCAAUCUACAGCAGAGUGAAAUAAACAACAUUCACCCAUUUAUUCAACAUCACCACAACUUCCACCUGGCCAUAGUGGAAAGUAGAAAAUCACAUGAGCCUAUUUCUAUUUUUAUUUUUUAAAUACCUUUUUUUGGCCCUGAGUAGUGAAUUCUAUGGAUUAUUUUGUAUUGUAUCAGAUGCAGACUUGUGUUAUUAGCUACGAUGGACAUGUUAUCGCCAAAAGUCUUCUCUAGGUGUGAUUGUUCGGUUGUCUUCCCAUUUUAUUUACAAGGUAUGGUAAUCGAGGAGUUGUAUUUGGAUAAUAUUUUAUAUAUUUUGGAUAAGACUUUCAUUUGUUGUGAGAGAUUUAGUAGUUCUGAUACGAAUGGGGGUGGUAGGCUAUAAUGUGCUGUCUUUUAGGUUGUUUUUAGAGCAUAUAAUGGAUUUAAGUUGUAGAAAUUCAAGGAAAUGUUUAUUUCUACUCCAUGCUUCUCAGCUAGAUAAGGGUAAUGAUGAAAAGGUGUUGUUUUUUUUACAUAUGUGUUUAAGGUGUGUAAUGCCUUUGUCUACCCAUUCGGGGAUGUUUAUCUUCACUGUGUUUGCAAAGUCGGGUUGUGCCAUAUGGGAGCGUUUUCGGUUAGUUGGAGUGGUGAAUUUAUUGUUUUAUAAAAUUUCCACCAAGCUGUUGGACUUUUGAAGCAGGGGUGGCAUUUAAUAGCGGUGUUGAUGAAUGGUAGGUCUGAGAUUUUUAUUUUAUUGCAUAGCUUCUGUUCCGCAUCUCGCCAAAUCUCAUUUAUCUGACUGGGCUUUAUCCAUUUGAUUAUAUAUUGGUCUUGGUUAGUGAGGUAAUAUUGUUGAAUGUUCGGGGCCUCUGAAAGUCCUUCCUGAUAUUUUCAUCUGUGUAAAGUGGGUAGUUUGAUGCUGGGAGGUUUAAAAUUCAGCGAUACUGGAAGUGAGUGAUUUGAACCAGGAAGGAGGAGGUUCAUCUGGGAUCAUUGAAUAUAAGUAAUUAAUUGUGUGUAGUAUUGCCAUUUUUAUGGAUGUUACUCUGCCAAUGAGAGACAGGGGAAUGUUAUCCAGCGUCGGAGAUCAUUAUUUUUGGUGUUCAAUAAAGGGUUAAAAUUGAGUUUAUGCAAGUCUGACAGCUUGGUGGAGAUUUUGACACCAACAUAAGUGAUGUAGUCAGUGCUUAUGGGGAUAGACAGAGAUUGUACUGUAUUUUCGGGCAGUUUCAUGUUGAGAUGGAGCAUAGAGGAUUUGGACUGGUUAAGUGUGUAACUGAAAGUUUUACUCUACUAUCCACACAUUUUUUUUUAUUAUUCUUGUAUUGAUUCUAUAGGUUUUCGUAAGAAGAGUACGAUAUCAUCAGCAUAUAAACUGAUUUUGUAUUCCAUGUUUGCUGUCUGGAUCCCAUUAAUGUUUACAUUCUGUCUUAUUGCUGCAGCUAAUGGUUCUAUAAAAAUGGUGAAUAGGGAUGUAGAGAGUGGGCAUCCUUGUCUAGUGCCUCUGUGUAGAGUGAAACUGUGUGAUAUCAGUCCGUUAGAGAUAACUGUGGCCUUUGGUGAUGUGUCGAGUAUUUUUAUCCAAUGAAUAAAUGAUUCACUGAAAUCUAAUCUAUGAAGAGUGGUGAGUAGAAAUGUCCAGUUAACUUUAUUAAAGGAUUCUCUGCAUCAAGUGUUACUAUUACUGAUUCUAUAUGUUGAUGUGAUAUGUAAUGUACCAGGUUGAGGAGUCUACACAUGUUCGUGGUUAACUGUCAGUUUUUAAUGAGCUGUGUUUGUGUUGAUCAGUGAUGGGAUCGGUAAGGACGGUAACUAGAGGCUUAAGUGGGGUCUUUAAUGGAUUUUAGGUGAAGUGAUAUACUGAUGAUAUUCAUUUCUAUCAGUAGUUUCAUAUUCAGUUUAAUUUCAGAUACUAAUCUGUUGAAGAGUGGUGUCAGGAUAGUCCAGAACUGUUUAUAGAACAAACCAUCAGGAUCUGGUGUUUUAUUAUUAGGGCAUCUAAGGGCAUAGAUCUCAUCUGGGUCUAUCGUUUAUCCGUGGAAACUGCUUGUUCUUGUAUGUAUAGUAUUUAAUUAAGUCUAAUAGCAGUGUGUGUGUGUGUGUGUGUGUGUGAGAGAGAGAGAGAGAGAGAGAGAGAGAGAUUUAUAUUUAUGGAAGAUAGACAAAGGUAUAUGCAUCAUUUAUGUAGGUUCAGGUGUGAGAUCACUCAUCUGUAAAAUGCUAUAUGAAAAUUGUGUUGAUUUAUAAUUUAUAAGAAUAUUUUUGUACCUUGUG